UCCUGGCAUGUGACAGGGCAGGGAGGGGGAGCCAGCCAAAGCAAAGCAAAGCUGGGAACAACAAGGGAAACUCGGAGAAGGAUUAUCAGUAAUAAGUCUACUUAACUGCGUGUGGUAUGGCUGCCAACUCAAGUGUCUUUCUCCUGAUUACAUUUGUCAACUCUGCAGUUACACAAUGGCCUUUUUCUAUGUGAGUUGGAGUUAGCAUACUGGUGUUAGCCGCUGCGGGCUAACUCGCUCCUGCUCUGGAGACUUCUAACAACUUGUCAGCAGCGUAUUGAUCGGGGACCACGCCGGAGAUAGUUUUCUCUGAUUCUGUCACCCUUUGGACGCUUUCCUCUCAGUUGAAAGCUCACGGAAGUCGCAGCAGUAUUGACAGAGUGGCGUGAUGAUGACUACGUGACAGGAGGAGAGGCAUAGAGUGAGCUUCAUAAAGGAGCCAUGGAGGGGUGCAAGCAGGCUGCUUCAGAGCAGCCCAGAAUAAAUGGCUUCUCUGAGCCUCAGUCGCCUCAGGAUACACCUGAUGUGAGGUGGUCCGGGACAGAGGGAGAGUCCAGGGGCUCUGACAGCUCCGGCGGUAACAGCAUGUCUGAGCUGAAGGCCAGAGACAGUGAGGAUGAGGAAGAUAGUGCAGGUAAAGGCCACAAAGAGGACCACAAGACGAGAGAGGAGGAGGAGGAGUCAUCGCCUGAUCAGGAGAGUGAACGGAGCAGACCUGUCAUCAGUGCAGCAUCCAGCUACACAGAUUUGUCUCAUACGUCCUCACCGUCUCUGUCCGAGCAGCUGCGCCUGGGCAAAGAGGACGGAGCAGGGUCCGGUAUCAGUGUGGAGUGUAAGGUCUGUGGUGACAAGGCUUCUGGUUUCCACUAUGGUGUACAUGCCUGUGAGGGCUGCAAGGGCUUUUUCCGGAGAACUGUGAGAAUGAAACUAGAAUAUGAGCGCUGUGAACGCUCCUGCAAGAUCCAGAAGAAGAAUCGUAACAAGUGCCAAUACUGUCGUUUUCAGAAGUGCCUGUCUUUAGGGAUGUCCCACGAUGCAAUCCGAUAUGGACGUAUGCCUGAAGCGGAGAGGAAGAAGCUGGUGGCUGGUCUUCUGGCAGAAGAGUUGAACCUCAAACCUGGAGGCUCCGAUCUCAAGACUUUAGCCAAACAAGUGAACACAGCUUACUUAAAGAACUUAAGCAUGACCAAGAAGAGGGCCCGCAGCAUCCUGAUGGGCAAAACCAGCAGCACUUCACCUUUCGUGAUUUAUGAUGUUGACACACUGUGGAAGGCGGAGAGUGGACUGGUCUGGAGCCAGUUAGUUCCAGGUGCUCCCCUGACAAAGGAGAUCGGGGUCCAUGUGUUUUAUCGCUGUCAGUGCACUACUGUGGAGACUGUGCGGGAGCUCACAGAGUUCGCCAAGUGCAUUCCUGGUUUUGUGGACCUUUUUCUCAAUGAUCAGGUGACGUUGCUCAAGUAUGGUGUACAUGAGGCUAUUUUUGCAAUGCUUCCAUCCCUUAUGAACAAAGAUGGACUAUUGGUGGCCAACGGAAAAGGCUUUGUAACCAGGGAGUUUCUGCGGAGUUUGAGAAAGCCAUUCAGUGAAAUUAUGGAGCCUAAAUUUGAAUUUGCUGUAAAAUUCAACGCUCUGGAGCUCGAUGACAGUGACCUGGCGCUGUUUGUCGCUGCCAUUAUUCUCUGUGGAGAUCGUCCUGGGCUGAUGAAUGUGAAACAAGUGGAGCAGAGUCAGGACAACAUCCUGCAGGCGCUGGACCUCCAUCUUCAGGCCAACCACUCAGACUCUCUCUACCUCUUUCCCAAACUGCUGCAGAAGAUGGCUGACCUCCGGCAGCUGGUCACAGAAAACGCUCAGCUUGUCCAAAAGAUCAAAAAGACUGAGUCUGAAACGUCACUUCACCCUCUUCUUCAGGAGAUCUACAAAGACAUGUAUUAGCUUUUUCCAGCAGAGACUGCUUUUAGCAAUACUGUUACAGAUUUUGAACUGAAUUUAUAAAUGAAUACACUGCAACCAGUACUAGCACUGUUCCACUUAAAGGCCAUGGAUUUCAAAAUGCUCAGAUGAGACAAAGUCUGUUUGUAGGGCUAACACAACCAGUCUUCUCAGUGUUAACAGCAUCUGGAAUCAUUUUUUGAAAUUGUAGUUUCCCACAAAGGUCGCUUAACAGUGGGAAUGAUAUGUUUUUUUUUACUAAGGCUGCUCCUAUUUCUUAAUAGCAAACUGACCCCAGUGUUGAGAGAGAUGUUCUGCUGGUUCAAAGCAAACGAUAUAUUUUGUUAGCACUCUCAUGAAUCACACACAUGACCAAAAAUAAACCAUCAAUAUGUAAAGUUAUAAAGUAUAUUGUCCCAAGGUUGUUCACUGUUCAUCAUAAAUAUACUGUAGUGUACUUGCACUCUCAUUUUCUACAACACAAACUGGGCUGGCUCCAGCAAAGUAAAGCUCUGCAUAGGCUACAGCUAAUUGUGCUACAUCUUUUCAUUAAAGUUGAAACCUCAAAUAACAGGUGUUGUCUUAAAGUCAUGAACCUUAGUGGUAAAUAUAUGCUGCACAGAUUAAGCUGAGUCUGACACUAUCAGCUUAUUGCCCAUUGAAGUACAAGGGACAAUGUGUUUUUAUGUUUAUAUAUAUUUUGACUUGCAACUUUUUAGCUUUCUAGUGUAUUCAGUGUAAUUAUGUUAUUAAUUAUUUGUAAUUUGUGAUGAUCAUUUUUAAGGGCAAAUAUGAUUUAUUGUACGGUUUUAUGUAAUGCAUUUGUUUUUGUCAGAUUUCUUUGGGUUGAGGUUGUACCAAAUAUAUCAUGAAAAGCUAUUUUUCAAGUGAGAGAUUUGGAUGACCUGAAAAACAUCUAUUUUUUCUCAAAUCAGCUUCACAUCUGUAUUUUCUUUCUUUUACCGUAAAACCUUUAUUUUCAUUUUCAGAGCUUUACAAUGGCUUACUAUAUCUUCCAGGCCCCUAUAUUAUGCACACUAUUUCACUGUCUAAAUCUGAAUGGGCUGCCUCUGCACAAAUUUUUAAUGUCUGAUGGAUUUAAUCUUCCUUUGUCCCUUUUCCUAUCUACCUCUUGACACUGUAUGAUGUGUGACAAUUCCCCUGUCUCAUCCAAUUUGCAUUUUGCCUUACUUUCUGCUUUUUGGUUUAUGUGCAGUGUGCCAAGUAAAUAACGGUUGUGGAUGGAUAAAACACAAAAGUACACCAAAUGUGUUUGUUAACUACCUCUUUGCCUGGUGACAGUGAUGAAUUUAUUUACUUGUGCAGAAAACAUGUUACUUGAGUAUUUUAGCCACCUGUAAACAGUUUAUAGAUAGAUAAAGUAAAGAUCUCUAAACUAUUAGAUUCAAAAAUGUGAAA